AUUGCCUUGACAUUUUCAUGUCGAUUGUCACUUUGAUGUCCAUCUCUUGACACGCAAUUAUUUGUUAACAUCAUUGAAUUGAUAUUCGAAAUUAACGAAAACCUGCAAGGGAAAUGGUUGGUACAUGCUGAACAUAUCAAACAUUCAGGGAUUCGCUUUUUUAACACUUUUUGAUUGGAUCUAGUGCUUUUUUCCUUCGCCUUCUAGUACUUAUUUUUAAAAGAGUUGCGGCAACACUGAUUGUGAUGGUUGAUAUUUGCUGAUGUGUUUAUAAAUUUUUUGUAUUAUUAAGAAUAUCGGAAGUAAAAUGCCUCUUCGUUUAGAUAUCAAACGAAAGUUAACAGCCCGUUCAGACAGGGUAAAAUGUGUAGACCUCCAUCCAUCUGAACCAUGGAUGUUAUGUUCUUUAUAUAGUGGCAAUAUCAAUGUUUGGAAUUAUGAAAAUCAACAACAAGUAAAAAGUUUCGAAGUAUGUGACCUGCCAGUGAGAGCUGCAAAAUUUGUCCCCCGUAAAAACUGGAUAGUCAGUGGAUCUGAUGAUAUGCAGAUAAGAAUAUUCAAUUACAACACUUUAGAUAGAAUUCAUUCCUUUGAGGCACAUUCCGACUAUGUGAGAUGUAUAAUAGUUCAUCCAACCCAACCUUAUAUUCUGACAAGUAGUGAUGACAUGCUCAUCAAAUUGUGGAAUUGGGAUAAGGCUUGGGCUUGUCAGCAGGUCUUUGAAGGCCACUCUCAUUAUAUCAUGCAAAUCGCCAUCAAUCCAAAAGACAAUAACACAUUUGCGAGUGCUUCACUGGACCGUACUUUGAAAGUGUGGCAACUUGGAGCAUCAACAGCGAACUUCACCCUUGAAGGGCACGAGAAAGGUGUCAACUGUGUGGACUACUAUCACGGUGGAGACAAGCCAUACUUGAUAUCGGGAGCAGACGAUCGGUUGGUUAAAAUCUGGGACUAUCAAAACAAAACGUGUGUCCAAACCUUGGAGGGACACGCCCAAAACGUAACCGCGGUUUGUUUCCACCCUGAACUACCAGUGGCUCUCACAGGCAGCGAAGAUGGUACCGUUAGAGUUUGGCAUACGAAUACACACAGAUUAGAGAAUUGUUUGAAUUAUGGGUUCGAGAGAGUGUGGACCAUUUGUUGCUUGAAGGGUUCGAAUAAUGUGUCUCUGGGGUAUGACGAAGGUAGUAUAUUAGUGAAAGUUGGAAGAGAAGAACCGGCAGUUAGUAUGGAUGCCAGUGGCGGUAAAAUAAUUUGGGCAAGGCACUCGGAAUUACAACAAGCUAAUUUGAAGGCACUGCCAGAAG